AUGUCCACCCCAGCAGACCACCAGCCGUCUAAAAAGGCGGCAAAGACACCAGCGGUUCCACGGCCCAGCGCAAGUGUCCUCCUGAUCUCCCCUACCAACCAAAUUCUUCUUCUGCACCGUGUCAAGAAAGCCUCGAGCUUCGCCUCCGCACACGUCUUCCCUGGCGGCGCCCUCUCCAAAACGCACGACGGCGCCAUCCCCGACGUGAACGACCCAGGGAGACACCAAGAUGGGCCUGCCUACCGUAUGGCAGCCGUGCGCGAGACAUUUGAGGAAUGCGGUAUCCUACUAGCUAAGAGCAAGAAGACAGGCAAGCUGUUCACCGAGAUCAGCGACGAAGAACGUGAAAAAGGGCGACGAGACGUGCACAGCGGAACAGUCAAGUUUGGCGAUCUACUUGAGAAAUGGGGUGCUGUCCCCGACACCGAGGCGCUGAUACCGUUUACGCGGUGGGUAACGCCCGGCAACGUGCCCAAAAGAUUCUCGACACAAAUGUACCUUUACUUCCUUCCUCUCGGGUCCGUAUCGCCCACGAAACACGCGGCACCAGCGUCCACGCCCCCUGGCUCUGGACUCGAAGAAGAAGAUGAAAUCGUUAUACCAAACCCGACGCAUGACGGGGGUAUCGAACACACGGCCGCACGUUUCCUGCCACCGAACAAGUGGAUUGAUCUCGCGAGGCAGAAUAGGAUUAUAUUGUUUCCGCCGCAGUUUUUCCUGACGCUGCUGCUGAGUCCGUAUCUAGCGGCAACGGUCACGAGCCCGAGCAGUCCUACACCAAGUAUCUCGGAGCUGCAACUCGAGCGAGAAAAAUGUCUGGAUUUCUUGCGCAAACCGAGGAUGUAUGAUGGCAAGCCUGAAGUUUCCUUUGCAGAAGCUUGUAUUUCUCCUAUCGUGCUGGGCAAGGGUCAGUAUGGUGAGAAGGGGCAGGACGGUGUGGGAGGUGUGGAUAAAGAUACUGCGGUUCUCGUAUUGGAUCGACCGGGUAAAGAGGUCGAGGAGCAGGAAGGUGGAAAGGGGAGGAGGGGACUGCGGGAAUGGGUUGUUACGACGAGGUUCAAGGGGGAGGGGCCGAGGGAUGUGGAUGUUAGACGGAGGGAGGACGUGCUGGGGAAGAAGACGCAGGAGAAGUUGUAG